GCGACGUGGAUCACGUGUCAAGACUACUUGGCAUUGUGGGAAACAAACAGAGUAUGAAUAACGUUAGCGUCAACAUCGUUUACUGUUGUGGGCAAACCGAGAAUUAGUGCUCAGCUGGGAAAGGGAGCUCAUCACUAGACUACAGAAUACCUGUGAUUGUGUGUCUUCGUGAAAGAAGCUGCAAACAGUGUUAUGGGAUACUGACACGCUGAAAUGGAUGGUACGACUUUGAAAACGGACUGUGGAGUGACGAUAACAGUACCCUGAUUUAUGGUAAUCAUAGAGUCGUAAAAGUUGGAGUCGUCCGCUGAUUUGAUUUUCGCUCAUUUGCUUUGCACAGACAUGUGACGUGUCAUCUCAGUCUGUAAGCAGAUUGCAGAUAGUCAAACAAAUACCCACGCACUGUGCUUGUGUGUUCAAAUUGGACGACGUUGUCCGUCAUCGCGGUAUAUAAUAGCCAGCUAACUAUCUUAGCUGUGAGUAUGGCGUUUGUCACCGAGAUGCAGCAAGAACACUCGGAAUACGCGUCUUUGAUUUGGUGUACGCCUAAAACGGUAUUCCCGAGAUAAAUGCUACUAUGUUGGGACUCUCCUGUUAUGUCAUCUAGUAACGGUUAGCAUUUUUUUUAAUUAUAUCACUUUUGUCAUAUCGGACGCAAUAUAUUUUCUCUUACGGCGUCGAUGUAUCUUCACUGAUUUCAGUGAAUUGAUUUGUAUAUUCAACCGUGACAACGGCGCCUCCCUCCGAAGUUAUCUCUUUCCAAGGGGGCUAACAUCAAGUUGACAACAGGACCCCCCACGGCAUCUGCGCGCAUCUCUCCCAAGACGUCAGGCCGUGUCCGAGAGGGGCAAACAUGUGGAGCCCCGGACCAACGACCCUGCAGUUCUUGGUGAAAUCCGUGAAACAUGCAGCGGGAAAAGGGCAGAUUCAGCUCAGCCGGUGGAUACAGAGGACCACGCCGGAGGCGAUAGACUGCGAUAAAAUAGACAUCCUCAUAUGCAACGCGUUUGACGAGCGGGGCGCAUCGGGGAAGCCCGAGGUAGCUCUGGAAGGCGUCAGCGACACCGGGUCGCUCUAUGCGGCAGCGGUCUUCAGGCAUCCGUGCUGUAUCACCACCUGUUGCUUCAAGAGCGCGGUGCUGGCAUGCAUCCUGACCGCCGUGUGCUUCUCGUCCGUGGCCCUCGUCCGCCAGUACCUCAAAGACCUGUUGCUCUGGGUCGAAAGUUUGGACAGCCUGGUCGGAGCACUCCUUUUCAUAGUCGGACUGAUCACCGUGUCUUUCCCCUGCGGCUGGGGGUACAUCGUCCUGAACGUGGCGGCGGGCUACCUGUACGGGUUCGUCCUGGGCAUGGGUCUGGUCAUGGUCGGGGUUCUCAUCGGAACAUUUGUUUCGCAUAUGGUGUGUAAGCGCCUACUGACAGACUGGGUCCGCAACAAGGUCGGGGGCAACGAGCAACUCAGCGCCGUCAUCAGGGUCGUGGAGGGGGGCAGCGGACUUAAAAUCGUGGCCUUAGCGAGACUCACGCCGAUACCCUUCGGGCUCCAGAACGCGGUGUUCUCGAUCACAGACGUGUCCUUGCCCAGCUACCUGGUGGCCUCCUCCGUGGGUCUGCUGCCCACUCAGCUUCUGAACUCCUACCUGGGCACCACGCUCCGCACCAUGGAGGACGUCAUCGCAGAGCAGAGCGUCAGCGGGUACUUCGUCUUCAGCCUGCAGAUCGUGAUCAGUAUCGGUCUGAUGUUCUACGUGGUGCAUCGGGCCCAGUUGGAGCUGAACGCCGCCAUCGCUGCCUGUCAGAUGGAACUCAAGACAUCCUAUCAGAAUGGGGGGGCCGGGGGGGGGCACGCUGGACCCCCCUACUGCAGCAAGCGCUCCGCGGCUGGCAUAGGGGUCAACAUCGUCUGACCCCCGCCCCCCCCUCUCCUCUCCUCCUCCCCUCCUCUCCCCUCUCAUCCUGAGUCUCCAGCG